CGUGUCUGUGUGUAUACAUAUAUAUAUAUAUAUAUACACACACACACAUAUAUAUGUAUAAAUAUAUGUAUGUAUGUUUAUGCAUAUAAGUGUAUGCAUGUGUGUGUCUGUCAUUCUUGUCUUUCCUAAACCCCACUCCACUACCACCACCACCACCACUUGACGAAACACUAACAAAACAAUCACAUGACCAAAGGAUACCAUCCCAGUGCAGCACUGACUGCAACACUACCAAUGCCUUAAACCACCCCACAACUGGAGCCACAACUACCACACCACUGGAACUUCAACAACCACACCAUUGGAACUACAAAACUAAGCAGUGAAAGCAGUGGCAUUGGCUCCUUCGAUGUGAACUUUCUGGCCCCUCAAAGAUGAAAUUACUAUAAAUAAAGGCUGUCUCCUGUCUUCACCCCAAACUACCUUACCCUGUACCCAUCACAGUGCUAUCACUGCAGAUGAAUUACCUGAUGUAUUCUCCCUGGGGCUUCACGAGUGAAACCACUCUCUCAAAACUGUGUCUAACUUCAUUGUGUCAUGUUCGCACUCUUACUAGUGUUUAUAAACCUCCGGUGCUACUUGUGUGUCGACUUAAUAUAUUAUGUGGAAGAAGGCGAAAAACCAAACACAUAUGUUGGUGACAUUGCAGCUGAUUCUAAGCUUCUGAACAGCAUCAGUGCCAAGGAAAUGGAUCUGAUUCGAUUCAGUCAGGUGGGGCAAGGUGUAACAGACGGUUCUCAUUUCUUCCGAGUGUCAGAAAAAACAGGUAAGCUGUACACUACUCAAAUACUAGAUGCUGAGUCGAUGUGUGUUCAGAAAAUGGAAUGUUCCAGAAAUGUAGACAUUGCAAUUAAAAAAGCUGAGACUUUUAUGAAAAUUCUUGAGAUAAAAAUAUGUGUGUUGGACCUUAAUGAUCAUCAGCCUCAAUUUCCGAAGAGUAAAGUGAAAAUAGAGUUUUUAGAGGAUGAUAAAAGGGGGAGAAUAAGGAAGAUCCCAAGUGCUCUGGAUAAAGAUAUUGGGAUAUUAAACUCAAAGAUAGAAUAUCAACUGAAGGUCAGUUCUAGUGAUCCCUUUUCCUUGACCGUGUCCAAACGCCUGGAUGAAACAGAUGAACUUUGGAUUUCUCUCAAAGACAAUCUUGACAGAGAAACAAAAGAUAUGUACGCUAUGCAGGUAAUUGCUAAAGACAGUGGUAUUCCACCUAAAGAGAGUGUUCUGGAUGUUGAAGUAGAAGUUAUUGAUGUCAAUGAUAAUCCACCAGUAUUUACACAGAAUGUCUACAACAUUACUGCCAUCAAUGAAAACUAUCAGACUUCUCCGAUUCUGGUGUUAUCAGCAAGUGAUGAAGAUAUGGAGAAAAAUGGUGACAUCACAUACCACUUCAGCAUCAACACACCAGAGAAUUUAAAAUCCCAUUUUGAAUUGAAUGAAAAGACAGGUGAAUUGUUCUUGCAAAGGAAGUUUAUUUCAGGGCAGAAGCUGACACAUUGGUUGUACGUUGAGGCGAUUGAUGGAGGCAAACCUCCUCUCAGUUCUAUGGCUGCUGUUCUAGUGCGUGUCAUCAAUCAAUUGAAUCAAUCACCAAAGAUAUACUUCAACUUUGUGUCAAGAGCAUCAGGAAAAACAGCCAUUAUAUCUGAACAGAUCCAAGUCAGUAGUUUCAUUGCAUACAUUAAAGUGGAAGAUGAAGACGUGGGUCAAAAUGGUGACAUUGAAUGUCAGAUGAACCAUGAUAAAUUCCAACUGGUUGAAUUAGGUCCCAAGAAGUUCAAAGUUAUUAUUAAAAAUAAAGUUGACAGAGAGUUGAAUGACUACUAUGACGUCACAAUCAUCUGCCAUGACAAGGGUAACCCACCUUUACAGACCAAAGACAAGUUCUCAGUCAUCAUAACAGACAUUAAUGAUGAACAUCCAAAAUUUUCUAAGAAAUUGUAUCAGUUUUGGGCAAAAGAAAACAACCAAGCUAACAUCUCAAUCGGUGUUCUUAGUGCCACAGAUGCAGACCUAGGAGCAGGGGGACAGUUACAUUUCUCUCUGUCUUCCAGCAAUGAAUCUGAUACACCAUUUCAAAUUUCCAAAGAUGGAGUGAUAUCAGCAAAAGAACCAUUAGACCGUGAACAACAAGGUUGUUACAAGUUUGAAGUUGUGGCUUGUGAUAGAGGGUCCCCAUCACUGAGUAGCACAGCAAGUAUCAAUGUCAUAAUUACAGAUGAAAACGAUAAUGCACCCUAUUUUACAUUCCCCCCAAAUAACCCCUUUCCCCUGGACAUUUCUUACCACAACUCCAGUCAAAACAACAUUACCAUUUUAAAGGCAAAAGACAUAGACUGGGGACAGAAUGCUUUCCUUACAUACAACAUUAUCUCAGGAAAUAAUCGAAGCUUGUUUGAUAUCAACCAUUACUCAGGUUUACUACUAUUUGCCCGCCAAAUCAGUAUCAACGAUUCGGGUGUCCAUGAGCUACAGAUAUCUGUGAAGGACAGCGGUACACCUUCUCUCUCGUCUCUUACUAAUUUAACUCUGACAGUAACCAUUAACAACAAACAAAUGAAAUCAAAGACAUCUGCUCAAAAACAAACAGUAGUAGGAUUGGAUUCAAGUUUAUUGGUCGUCAUAAUCCUGGUGGCUGUUGUGAUGUCUGUGUCGUUUGCAAUUCCACUGACAUGGUGGAUUAUUAAAUGCAACAACAGGAACAAUCAGCAUUAUCACCGCAAAAUCCGUCCAUCAGAUCAAAGUGCACCUGAUCCAGAGGCACAUGCAAGUGCAUCAACAUGCAGACAACCAAACUUAGAUGGAGUCAACUCUUCUGUUCUUCUUGAAACAACAGAAAUUACACAACAGACCUGCGUACAAGAAUUAGCCAUUCCCCCUGGUGGCAGUGAUGGAAACCAAUUUAGUGUGAACACACUGGCAAUUAUGCCACCAGAUCAAACAGUUCAAUUGAAUGGUACCGAGAUCAGCUGUAACCCAGAACAUUCUAUCGUGCCUUACAUUGAUGAGAACCCAAGGGUCAGAGCUAUGAAGAUUCUGCACCGGGCUUUCAGCUGCCCAGACGACCAAACCAAUAAUAUCAGCUAUCUUUACAAACUCCACCUGUCUCAGAUCAGGGAACUGGUCAUUUGCCAACCAAACCUAGUAAGAGGUCCAAGCAUAACUUUACAUAAUGAAAACCAAAGCAUCGUCCCUCAGUCGAAUGCUGAAUCAGUCCAGUAUUGCAGACAGAAUCAGAAAUUAUACCGUAUCCAUUCUGUCAGGCAGAACACACAAAAGACUUGCUAUAAGAAACAUUGCAACACUUCCACAGAACAAAAUGAAUAAACGACACAAAUAUUCUGAAA